UUGGAUAAAGUUGAAGUGGAGAUGCGAACAUGUGAAGAGCCCCGGCCACCCAAUGGACAGUCACCCAUUGCCCUUGCUUCAGGACAAAGUGAAUAUGGCUUUGCUGAAAAGGUAGUGGAAGGCAUGUUCAUUGUUGUCAAUUCCAUCACCAUCAAGAUCCACUCCAAGGCCUUCCAUGCUUCCUUUGAACUGUGGCAGCUUCAAGGAUACAGUGUCAACCCCAGUUGGCAGCAAAGUGAUCUACGUUUUACCCGUAUUACUGAUUCACACAGGGGAGAGGUUCUAACAUUUAAAGAACUCACCUGGCAGACUCUCCGGAUAGAGGCUGAUGCUACAGAAAAUGCAGAUCAAGACCCUGCCACUACUCCUCUGAGACUUAUUACAAAUCAGGGCAAAAUCCAAAUAUCUCUGAAGAGAAAGACAAAGGAUUGCAAUGUGAUGGCCUCUAAGCUUAUGUUCCUCCUUGAUGACUUGUUAUGGGUGCUGACUGACUCUCAGUUGAAGGCAAUGAUGAAGUAUGCAGAGUCCUUGAGUGAAGCCAUGGAGAAAUCAGCUCAGCAGAGGAAAAGUAUGGCUCCUGAACCUGUCCAAAUUACACCUCCAGCUCCCAGUGCCCAACAGUCCUGGCCCCAGUCGUUUGGCAGCAGCCACAAAGCAAUCAGCCAGUAUUUUGAAAAACAUGAUAUGAAAGAGUCUUCUUAUCACCUUCUCAUCUCCCGUCUGGAUCUACAUAUCUGUGAUGACAGUCACACCCGAGAAACAGGUGCUUCCAAACAUGGAAUAACAGGAGGUGCAAUGCAAUUAACUUUUAGGAGAAUGGCUUUUGACUAUUAUCCUUUCCAUUGGGCAGGAGACAGCUGCAAACACUGGGUACGCUAUUGUGAUGCCAUGGAUACCCGGGAACAGUGGGCAAAAAAGCUGGUGGAGGAAUUCCAAAACAAAAUGGGAAAUUAUGGUGAAGAAAUAUGUUUUCCCUCCUCUAAAACUGCUUCAAGGGAAUCUCCUUUCAAAAAGAAAACAGAUACUCCAUCUAGUUCUCAAAAAAGUUCCCCAGAGAAGGGGAUACCCAUGGCUAGUACACCACCUCCUACCCUUUUUGGACUCCAGCGUCCUGCAUGGAACAGACUUCGAUCCAGCUGUCUGGUUCUCCGAGUAGAUGAUUUGGACAUUCAUCAGGUUUCCACUGCUGGACAGCAUAGUAAGAAGCCUUCAACGCUGCUUUCAUGUAGGAGGAAGUCCCUGAAUAUUCCUGACCAAACCUCAGCCAUUCAUAUAGAGUUUACUGAGUACUACCUCCCAGAUAAUCCAGAAUUUCCAGUCCCGUGCCCAAACCUGUACCUGCAACUGCAUGGUUUGAUUUUCACCCUGGACACAGGGAGCAUGCUUUGGGUGAACUUGUUCUGCCUUGAUCUCUAUCGCAGCCUACAACAUUUCAAAGAUAUAUACAAGCUGGAAAACUCUGGCAAGAAAGAUGAGCAUAUUGAUGUCAGACUAGAUGGCUUCAUGCUAAAGUUAAACAUCCCUGUAGAGAAAAAAGUAGUUGAUCACCAGGAUCGUCCCAAGUGUCUGUCCAUUCGCACAUCAGAAAUGACAGCUACCAACACUAGGCAUGCACCUCACUGCAGCUGUUUGGCUCUCCAGAAUUUGUUCCGUCGAUUUGCUGCUUCAGAAUUCUUCCACUCCAGCUAUACCCAGUUUCCUAAAUUUCAGGAUAAUUUCAGCCUUCUUCACACCCUCUUCUUACGGCAUGCAUACCAAGUAGACACCAAAACGCAGAAACACACAGACUCUGGCCAUUCCUCUGCCAGGUCCUCAGCUUCUGAAGACCUUUGGUCUAUUAAUUUCACACAGAUCUCCCUGGACUUUGAGGGGACCAAAAGCUCAAAGGGCAAAGCUCUUAACUUUAUCUACCCAUUCCCUCUCUCUGUGUGGGCCUGCCUCCCAAAGAGAUGGGAGGAAACUCAGUCAUCAAUGCUGCAGUUCCCUUCUGCUGCACAAGUUAAAGUCAAGCCUUCUGCUAGUUUUAGUAACCACGUCAAACAUCAAGUAAUUUCCAGACAGGAGCAGUUCUGCCAAAGAUCAAAAACUGAGCAGGACUUGAAAAGUAUCUACCUCACUCCAGAGGCAAAGGAUGUGUUAGAAGAAGACUAUUGUGAUGUUAAUGGCAAAGGAAGUGAUGAAGAUGUUGAAGUGUCUGCUGAUGUCCAUGUCCUUCUGUAUUCAAGUGCACAUGUGAAGGUGAGACUCAAUCACUACCAGUAUUUGAUGCUACUUAGGAUGAAGGAAGUCCUGCAGACCUUUCAAGAACAAUUGACCCAAGACACUCAGGAAAUAAUUGGGUCUCCUCUAGAUUCUAUGACCGCUUGUAUGGGCAUCAUGUUCAACAGCACUGAGGUGGCCUUGCUAAUGCAUCCUACUCCAGGCUCUGCACUGGAACCUAGAUCUAUGGACUCAGAUACUACAAGUCUAAUAGAAUCAGAACUCUCCCCUUCAGAUAGCAGGGAAGGACUGGCUGCUGAAGGCAGGGAAAUGAAAUCAGAUGCUUCCUCAGAUAAGGAAAAUGGCAGCCCCACAAAAGUACUAGAGGAUAGUGGAAUUGAGAAUACAGACACCAGUAUAAAUGCUUUGCAAGAUGGCAUGCUAAAAUCCCAGAGCGAUGGGUCCCUGGUAGAGGAAGAAUUUCAUAGCCAAACAACUGGAGAAAGAGGCCCUAUAGAAGAAGCCCACGAAGCAGAAGAAAUCCUUGAUACCGAGAGACAGAGUGAGUCUACUAGCCUUUCUCAGAUUCCUCAGAUUGUUCCUUCCAGUCCAUCUUCCAUUGUAGAUCCUCUUGGUGGUGUACAAGUAUCUCUCAAUGGUCAAGAAGAGGUGAUCCCUUUGAAAAACAUGGAGAUGGAGUUAUCUAGUGCAUUGCAUAUAACAAAGGGUGCCACCAAGGAAGCAUUGCAUGUGACCAUGGACCUCACCAAAGAAGCCAUGUCCAUGACAAAAGAUGCUUUCAGCUUGAGCAAGGAAAAGAUGGCUUCUACUGUUCAGAAAAUGCUAUUCCAUCCCCAAACCAAGGAGCCUGCACCAAAGGAUGACGAAGGUUCACUGACUCCAGCUGGAGGAAAUAGUGGACGCAUGCGUAUAUUUUCCAUGAAGAGGACUGCCUCCCAACAUUCAUUUGAUACCAGCUCAUUAGAUGGCAGUGGUCUUGAAGACAGGCUGUCUGUGGACAGUGAUGGCAGUGAUGGCUUUGUGAUGCUUAUGGAAUCUGAGCCUAGCAUGGAUCCUUUUACACCAGGACAUCUUCCCCAAGCCCUCAGUAACUCAGAUAUCCAAGCAAGCCCAAUAGCAGAUGAGGAAGGAGGAUCAACAUAUAUCAACAGCUCAGCUUCUCUGAGUGGGCAGGACUCCAGUCCCCAGCUGGUAUCCAUUUUGUUGCUGAAAAUGAAUGAAGUAAACUGUGUGAUAGAAACAAAAGGAGAAGACAUGGCACUUGCCCUUCAGGUUACACAGCUAAACCCUGAACACCUAGGAAAUAUAAAUAUGUGGCACUUUCUGCAAGGUGACUUCCCAGGAGACCCAAACUCAGAGAGGCCUGCAUCCACUGAAACUAAUAAGUCCCAGCCUGAUGUAUGUUUACGAUUUGAAAUAGGACCAAAUGCUGCAGUGCACUCACCUCUGGCUGUCCGAAAUGGAUUUUUUCACAUGCUGGUCCAUAGCUAUCAUGCAGAGCUGUUGACUUCCUCUCUGUCUAGCCUUGGACUCUUCCUUGAAGAUGAAGUUAUCCCUGAAGUUAUCCCCAUGAAGAUUGAAAUUGUGGAUACCAAGAUUACCCUGAAGGAUGACAGUCCUCGAGUGUAUCCUACUUCUCCUGGUCCUAUCCCUAUAAUCUUAGCAAUGGAUCACAUUGUUGUUUGUUGCAAUGACGAUGGAGUGUUCGUUGUAACAGCUGCACAGGGAGAGACAGCUUCUGUGCAGAAAAUACUUCAGAAAGAACAUAAGAAACAGCGGAUACCAGUAGAACGAAUCUCGGCAGGAACCAGUGAUGAGCUACAGCUGAAGGAAGUGCCAGCUUUGGAGAGAGAACUCCAGGUCACCAAAAAAGCCCUUGCAGAAGCCAAUCUGGACAAAGUGCGGCUACUACAGGAAAUCAGGAAAUAUGAUCCUCUUUUCCAACUUUGACAACAGAGACCUGGGCUUUAGAUGCUCAGGACAAACAGAGAUCACUACCAGCAUCAAAAAGUCUGCAAAGCCAUUAACUAGGCCAUCUACAGUCCAGAGCUACUGCUUUGAGGAGCAGAAAUGGAGUGCCAUUAAAAGUUAUGGAGAGGGGCAGCAGGUGAACAUGUGGGGAAAAGGUGAUUAGCAGUGUUGGGGUUUUGAAAUUUACUCCCUAUAGAGUAUGAAAGUGCUGAGUCUAAAAGCUAUUGAGUCAAGCAGGAAGAAGUACCCCAUCUAAGUUAUUCAUAAAUGGUGCUGACAAACUGCUAAUUUUCUCACUAUAACCUAUGUCAUUCCUGCUUUAGUUGGCAGGUAGUACUGGAAAUGUUCUUGCCAUACAUCAAUGUAGUAUGGUCAUUCCACUGAGCCUAGGGCCUUGUUAGGCAUUAAAAUGUCUUGGAAUUUCAGUGCAGUCAAAUGAAACAUAUGAGAAUGGGGGUGGGAUGCAGUCCUGGAAAAGAAUUUGCUAGGAAUUGGGAAACAUCAAAUCUAUCAUCAGUCCCUAGUUCAGAUGUCCACCAUUACCCAUUAAACUGUUUUUCUACUCUUCUUUUCCAAUAAAUCUCUGUUAAUGGAGUGUGGGGAGCCACCAUCCUUCCUUGUGUCUUUUCACAAGCACUUCUCACCUUGUCCACCGUUGCCUUGGUGCAUUAUCACAACGCUUUCUAUGUAUAAUUUUGUGAGAAACUGCUUGUUCAACAAAUGUCCUAUUCUUGUCUGUUAAAACUUGCUAAAAUGCUUUUUUAUCCUCUCUGUUAUACUACGUGUAAACUUUGGACUUCACAGAGGAAAUGAGUUCAGCCAGUUCUCUAGGUCAUGUACAAUACCUAAAGGUCCAUUUGGUAAACAGUGAACUGCAAAUUGCAUCGUGCAACAUUCUGUAACCAGAUUAAUACUGGUAAUAGUUGUCCUGGUCUGUGAUUGUAAAGCUGUUGAAUAAUCAGCCUUUUUUUUCUUGUGCAUUUCACUUGUGUGUGCUAUGAUGAUGUGUCAAAUAAUUUAGAGGUUUCCUUCACAAAUAAGGUGCAGCAAAAGUGAGAUGUGAUAGAGAGAAAUGUGAAAAGCAUGGAGGAAAGAAAAUUCCCAUUUUGAACAAUCCAGGGAGUCUUAUAUUUAAAUAUAUCCUUUAUAUAAACACAAGUUUGUUCCUCCCUAAUCAAUUAGUGCUAGUUUCAGAAAUAUUAACAAGCCACAAGCUACAAAUGAACAGUAGACUUUUCUCACCAUACAUGAAGUAGCUUUGUUGUAAAUGAUAGAAAUUAAAUUAUCAAGCUACAUGGCAUAUACUGAAUUCUGUUUCUAGCAAACUGUAAAGGCAUUUUGUUAAUAACACCCCCAACAAAUUGAAAACUCAGGGAAUUAACAAAACCUUUGACUAUUGACCCACACUCCCCUACUAACAGAUUUAGUCUAGUUUUGUUUUCCUUUUUGUUCAUAUAAUAUUGUUAUUGGGUUUGGAGUGUUGUUGUUUUUUUUAAGCUAGUUGCAGGAGCUGGACAAAAAAAAAUGGAUGUGAACACAUGGCACCUGUGAGAUCCACUAGAGUUUCAUUUCCCAAUGUGGUAUUUUCCAAAUGUUUUGGACUAGAACUCCCACCAGCCGCAGGCAUGAUAACCAUUGGUCAGGAAUUGAGGGAUCCAAAAUAUUUGGAGACCACCAUUUUGGAGAAGGCUAGAUUAGAUUAAUAUGAAUGUGGAAUUUUUCACAUUAUGUGAUUUCCAUUCAAAUUGAUAUUCUACUCAGGCCCCAUGUUCUAGCAACCAAAAGACGAUACAUUUUUCCCCCAAAACCAAAUGCCCCCAAGGUGCAAAUUCAAAGGCUUAUGUUGUCUUUGUGAAAUCAUUUAGGCUGUGCUGAAUUCCAGAUAUUUCCUACCAUUUUUCUGUUUCUUUUAGCCAUAACUGUGGAGCUGGAUCUGUUAGACAUACUUUUUAAAAGAAAUGUGAAUUUUAAAAUGUUGACAUUGGAAUGCUUAUAAUAAUUUUCAGUUAAAGUACACAUAUAUAGGGCUAUUAAAUGUUGCAGUGGAUCUGGUUUGGAGGAUAAAGGGAACUAAUGGCCAGUAUCAAAUGCUGUACUUCACCUGACAUAAAAUAUUUUGGGCAAUGGAAGUAGGGGAGGGUUGAAUCCCCCAAUGCACCCUAAAGCCUGUUCUGAAAGCCUUGGAACCCCUCUGGAGUAUGUUUUUGGUGCUGUGGAAGAGCUGUGAGGUGAAGGGAGUAAAAAAAAAAGACCCUGAUGCCACAAUGAGCAUUGUAUUAGAUUUAUACCAUUGUGUGUGUUUUUUUUUGGGGGGGGGGGAGUUAAUCAACAGUUUUGCAUUUAGAUAUAAAUAAACAAAGCAAUGGUAGCUGUGUUGGCCAUAAGAAAAAUGGCAAAAACAUGUUAGUGGUACCUACAUUACACAAAAGGUCACAAAAUUAUGUGCAAGCUUCUGAGUUCACCAGAGCAUUUCAUGAAAGCAAGAAAGGAGACAGAAGGAAAAUGAUGUUUAGCGUUAAACACAUGCAUUAUAUAUUCAGUCAUAGUGUUAGGAUGCAAUAUGGAAAAGAAUGGCAGACAUUCAUGACCAUUUAAAAUAGUACGUCAUAAGCUAAAAGGUUUUGCUCAUGAAUAGUCUUGAGUACAAGCUGUUGUGUAAUAUUCUUUCAGAAUUAGAGGAAAUCAGUAUGUUGCUUGUAACAAAAUGGAAUGUGGUUAGGGUAAUAGGCUUUAACCUAAUAAGCAUCUGUUUUUCCUUUAAAUUAUUUUGAUUUGUUAAUAGAAUGUCAGAACAGUUAAGUAUGCUACAGCUAAUCUUUAACUAGUACUUGUUAAAUAAUUUGUAGCUGAAGGCAGUGCCAGCCCUACGUUUAAACUACAGAAUGCCUUUUGGGUGGGUGGUAGGGGAAGUAUGUGACAUUUGCUUAUCUGCCUUGGAGCAGACACUCUGUGACCUCACAAUGUGAAUCAGAGAUAGCAGCUUAAAAUGAUUUUUGCUCUGAAGUGGGGGUGGGACUCUGUCUUCAGCUGCCUCACAUAAUUCACUGGCCCUUGAGGCAACUACAGGGCUGGGGACUCCAGGAAGCUUUGCAGCUGUGCUGUGGCACUGUCACUUUCAUUAAUUCAGCUGUGAUGAUUUCUGCAUAUCAGACUGCAUGUGCUGCUGUAGCUUCUGGUUGUUCCUUUUCUGUGCAAUGAACUGUUGCUGCUUCUGCCUUUUCCCUAGGGCAUCCGUUUUGCAGCGUUCCACUGAAACCCAGGCCAUGCAUAAAUAUAAUUCCCUCUUCAUACUGGAAAAUGCCUCAGUGGGGUAGCCCUUGUUUAAUGCAACAAAAGAAAAACUCGUUAUCAAGUGUAACAUGAUUUACAACUAGCUCUUCUGUAUAGAUCCACUCCUACCUAAUCAAUAGAACUGGUGGUCUUGAAGUUUAUAAAUUUUCCUUUACGGGACUGAUACUGCUGCUGCUGCUGUAUUACAUAAUACUGAGUUGUAUUAGUUAAUAAUGCAUUUCUGUGAACUUGACUGGUAAAGAUAGAAAUGCUCUGCAAAGAAAGAACUCUUUCUUACAGUCCAGUGGUUCCACUUAUGCAAACAGUUUUAUAAUUUGUAGCAAAAGCAGGAAAGAAAUAUUGCUUGCCUUCUACACAUGAAAAUACAACAGGUUUGAUGGAAAACCUGUUGUAUUUUCAUGUGUAGAAGGCAAGCAAAUUUCUGUUGUUAGCAGAAGUAAGCUUACACAUUAUUGCAUCCUUGCCUUUCCCCACUUGCAACCCAUGAUCCAACUGUCCAAAGAAUGAAUGUCCAUGUAAAGAUGUCUGUUAUGUGCCUAUUUAUCUUUUAUGCAUAAGAGUGAGACAAGAUGGUCUUAGCCACUAAAAGGGUUAGACCUGACACAGGCUGUCAUUGCUUUCUGUUCACUCGAAUGCCAAAAACUUCAUUUAUCUAUUUUUAAUUCAAAUUGGAGCAUGUUGCAGAUACAGGGGGAAAACAUAUGUGUCAGAAGUAUGGCCAAAGUGAGUAGUUAAUCGCAUGGUGCAGUGUUUGCACUUUUGUUCUUCUGAACAUUUCCAGCAACUUCCAAUACUAUGGAUCUGGCUUAAAGUAAAGCAGAAUAUAGACAAGAGAUGCUGGUAAGCAAAGGGUAUGGUACAGUUUGCCUAUUUGGAAUAAGAUAUAGUAUAAAAAGACCCUGCUUAUCAGCUUGUUGUGGUGUGUUUAACCCAGAUGUUUCCCCAUUGCUGACAACUAUAAUUCUACAAGUGGAAUGAGGAGGAAAUCCACUGAAGCUGAUAGGAACAUGUUUGGCUACAAAACUUUAGUAGUGUGGUUUGGUUCUUAAAGACACCCUCUUUUUCAAUGCUAUAUUUACAUGUGAAAAGAAAUCAACAGGAAAAUUUCUUGUAUAAUGUAAGUGACACAAAGAAAUUCUUAUUUAUUAUGAAGCUCUCCUAAUUUCUUAUGCAGCCUUUUGUAGCUUCAACCAUGAAUGUUAUGAGCACAGGCAGAGAAUGGGGUACAAAUCUGACUUGAAUUUGAGCCUUCAACAGUAUUAGGUUUUAUUUGUCACAGUAUAUCUUUUCCUGCUAUGAUUGUAUUGGUUCCGUGAACCAGUUUUAAAAGUUGUAAAUUAAACUAAUUAACCUCUG